GAUCGGAGGACACGGAGCGGAGACCUGAGCUGUAAAGGUUUCUGGCAGUGAAGGGGUUACCUCCGCAGUCUCUGGUAUUGUUAUGUGGGGGAUGAGUGAUGUUCAGCUCUGGAGACUUUCAGUUUCGUUUCUCUCUGACUGCCAGGAGUAGAGACUUCUGCAGAGUAAACAGGACCCUGAACCUCCAUAGUCCCCUGGAUGUAAUGUUCUGAGCAUCUAUACAGGACCCAGAUGUCUCCCUCCAGUCAUGCAUUGGUUCAGCUCAGAAGAUGUGCAGCAAUUACUGCACAACAAGUAUGUUGUUGUCCUCGGAGACUCCAUUCAGAGAUCCGUCUACAAAGACAUGGUGAAGCUUCUGAAAGAAGACGACCUACUGUCUGAUGCCCAAAUAAAGGGGCGGGGCGAGCUGGAGUUUGAGAAGGACACUCUGGUAGAGGGCGGCAUGUUGACCGGGAUGCACAACGGGACCACUUACCGAGAAGUGCGGCAGUACCGGACCGGCCACCAUCUUGUCCGCUUCUACUUCCUGACCCGCGUCUACUCCGACUACCUGGAGAGCAUUCUGUCAGAUUUCAAGAGCGGCCCCCAACCGGAUGUGGUGGUAGUAAACUCCUGCAUCUGGGAUCUUCUGAGAUACCACGAGGAACCUCUGGAGACCUACAAGACCAACCUGGACGUCCUCUUCCGGCGCCUCAAGGUGGUGCUGGGCCCCCAGUGCCUCCUCCUAUGGACCAUGACCAUGCCGGUGGGAUACAGAGACUAUGAAAUGCCAGAGAAUGUGAGGCACAACCUGCGGGAGGACAUUGUGGAGGGGAACUUCUUCAGCGCCGUUUUGGCGGAUUUCCACAGGCUGGACGUGCUGGACAUGCACUAUCACUUCCGCUGGAACCUGCACCUCAGGUGGCAUGACGCCGUCCACUGGAACCAGAUAGCGCAUCGGAAGUACACCCAGAUCCUGCUGAGCCACAUCGCACAGGCCUGGGGGGUGGAGGCGCCAAAGUUCAAGAUGCCGAAAGGCUUCAGUGGUCACUCCGCACCUCCUCACCUGGUUGCAUUGAGAGGAGAUCCCUAUCCCGGGCCGUACCCCACAAUCCAAGGGCAAGAGCGCUGCAACCAGG